GGGGCCGGCUCCGCGCGAGCUUCUGAGGCCCAUGGCCAAGCGGCGUGCGGCCGAGCCGCUGACGUUCCACGUGCCUUGGAAGCGGCUCUUGCUCUGCGAUUUCACGGAAGAGCCGCCGCCGCUCUGGAUCCCGCCGCAGAGGGCCUUGCAUCCGGGACAGCCCCUUGGUGUCCCCGAACUGCCCCGAAAGCGCAAAAUCGGCGCGGCGGCCAUGGCCGAGCCCUCGGCUUCGCCCAGCAAGCGCCGCGACGGCCCGGGCGACGAGGAGCGUGAGGGCCACAGCCUAGAGACCGGCGAGCCGCCCGUACGGCCCCGCGGGCCGGGGGAGGAGCUCCGGCGCGCUCGGCCCCAGAAGGGUGGUGGCGACCAAGGGGCGGGGCGCACAGGGACCCCGAGGGGAGACUGGGGGGCCGCGCCGUGUCAGCAUAAUGAAGAGUUUUGGCAGUAUAAUACCUUUCAGUACUGGAGGAAUCCUUUACCACCUAUUGAUCUGGCAGACAUUGAAGAUGUUAAUGAAGAUAAGCUGACAGAAGCAACACUUCAGAGCAAGAAUGACGUGGCUGAGAUUGACAUGGAGUCCUGACGUGAGAAGCUGAAGAAAUAGUUCCUGCUGAAUUUGUGGAGACAUCUCUAGUGAAUUCAUGUACUCUUAAGGAAAAAAGUAGUUUCCUAUACUUGAUGUGUUGUUAUUCCUGAACCUGAAAAAUAAGGAAAGGUUGUUUUAAAGGUAAAUGCCUGCAGUCACUACUCAACCUUCUAAAACAAAUUUGUCAGAGAUACAGUGCAGUUAUAGGGGAGAUAUUUUAGGUAUGGAUUCUUAAAGAAAAUUUUUUGUUUAGAUUGUAAAUUUGAAGAUAUGAAUCCUAUAAAAAGGAAUUCUGACAGUUUUAGAAGUAGGCAGGAAACAAGUAAUAUUCCCUCCUGUCUGCACCAGAAGGUUUAUUUGUGGACAUGAAGUGAAGAUUGUUUUAUAAUAACUGUUACUAAUAAAAUACUUUGUUAAUACAUUUUAUUGACUCUUCUUAGUUGAACUCUUCUUAAACAGCUGACUUAAACACCUAUGCAAACUUAAAAUGUGGGGGAUUCUUUCUGAAAGUUAAUAUUCUUUAAAAAGAGCUUUCUAAAUGUAAAGUACGAAUUUCAAUUUGGGUAGCAUGUUUGCAGAGCUUCCAAUAUUCAAUAUUUGUUAAACUCAUGGGCAGUCAGAAAUGGAUAAUAAAGAACAAUUGGAAAUACUAGUUGCAGUUGAGUUGAUUUUGACUCAAUGGCAACCCCAAGUGUGUCAGAGUAGAACUGCUCUACAGAGUUUUAAAGGCUGUGACCUUUCAGAAGUAGAUGGUCAAGCCUGUCUUCUGAGGUGCCUCUGGAUGGGUGUGAACCACCAACCUUUUGGCUGGUAGUUGAGAACUUAACCAUUUGCACCACCCAGGGACUCCUAAUGAGAAGUGACUGAUGCCAUAUUACUCCCUUUUCCCAGGAUAAAUUUAUCAAAUGGUCACUCUUGGUUUUGAAUUGCUUUGAGGGCAUAGCUUUUAUUGCUUAUUACUUCAGACUUGUAGUUCUUAACACCGACAGCUCUUCAGAAAUCCUUGCCUGGGCCCCAUUCUUGAGAGAUUUUUAUUUAGUUUUGAGUGGGCCUUGAGUAUAGCUGUUUAUUUUAAAGUGUCAAUCCUUUCCCUCCCCCUAUUCCUCUAACGUACAGACAGGGUUGAGAACUAUUAGGCUAAUGGUAAUUUUUCCUGUUUAAAGGAGAUAACUAAUUUGAGCUGAAGCAAUGCAUCUUAAUUAGCUUUGUUUUUAUUUUGCCCUGUUGAUGGCUUUUUUACAACUAUUGUGUUGUUAUUACUGUUUCAUUGUUAAAUAAAGUAAGCAAUAUGUAUUUGAGUUAUGUGAGCAUUGAUGAUUAUGUUAAUUCACUUCAGUGCUGCUUCCUGACUGUUGACUUUGUAAUUAACUCCUCCCUGCUUGUACACUUGUUGUUUUUGAUGACCUUAGAUCCAAAAUUCAAGAAGGACAAUAAAUGCCAGUGAGAAAGAGGAAACAACUUGAUGUUUUGUGUGUGUUGCAGGAUUUCAGUAUGGAUUGAUAUUUAUAGCAUUGUGGUUAAGAGUUCAGGCUUUGGAGUCAGACAUGGUUCAAAGUUUUGCACUGCCGUUUCCUACCUAUGCAUAUUAAACAAGUUAGUGUUUGUCUCCAAACCUCAGAUUCCUAAUCUGUAAAAUGAGAAUAAUAAUAGUAUC